AUGGCGCAACCCGCGGCAGUGGAUUUCGCCCUUCCUCCGCCCGCGGACCCCCUCGCCGCCGCCCCGCGCGCGAGUCAUCGCGGGCGGGCGUCCGCUCGGCGGCGCGCGCAGCGCAAGCUGGCGUCGUGCCUGGACCGCCUGGGCGCGUGGAGCCCGUUCGGGCAGGCGGAGGGCGUUGCAGAGCCCGCGCGCGGAAAUUUCACCGCGGCGGCGGCGGAGAGGUCCGUGGAUGAGCGCGACGAGGCCGGGCGCGGUGAAGGGAAGGGGGCGGAGGGGGCGUAUUGGACAGAGGAAACAGAGGAUGGGGGCGCGGGGGGGCGGGGAGCGAGCAGCUGCGAGGAGGUGCGCGCGGCGCAGACGCUGCAGGCGCACGGAAAGGCGUGGCGCUGCCCCGCCGCCUUCAACGCCCCGCUUAGCGUUCACACCACAGCUGCAGCAGUGGGCCCCACCUGUGCCGCAGCUCGGAGGCCUGGGACGGCGGAGCUUGCCAAGCCGGAGCAUGAGGCUCAGUUGAAUUUCCGAGGCAGAGGCGUGCGCGUGUCAGGGUGGUCCGGAGGCAGCUCGGACGAGAGCUGGCAUGCACUGGAGCAGCAGGCAGCCCGGCGAGCAGUGCGGCCGGGCAGUGGGGGAGGGCGGCAUGGGCAUGCACAUGGGCUUGCAAGUGCACGUGGGCCUGGGGCUGGGGGUGGGGGUGCGCGUGGUGGUGCUCGCGACGGCUGCUGGGCGCACAGCAGUGGCAAUUGGCGUGUUGGAUUCGCCACUCUCACAGACGAGAGUCGUGAGGCGGGCGAGUCAGGUGAGGCGGGUAAGACAGGCAUUGGUGGGGCAGUGGGUGGCGAGAUGUGGGUGCGUUGCAGCGGCAGCAGCGAUGGCAACGGUGUUAAUGGUGUCACUAGAGGCAAUGGCGCAGGCAGCAACGCAGGCAGCAUGGGGCCGCCAAAGGCGAGGCGCAGUGGGGCGGUGGGAAGGCGGAGGUCGCCGUCCACGCGGGCAGAGGCGCGAAGGCGAGGCGAGGGCGCGGAGGGCAGUGGGGAGGAGUUGGGGCGUGGGGGAGGUGAGUGGAAGGCGCCGCAUGGGGAGGGCGAGGGGCGAGGAGACGGGCGGAGGGAGGGAGGGGGAGGGAGGGCGGGCAGGGGUGAGGCAGCGGAAGCAGGGGAGGGGAGUGGGGCAGGGGCAGCGGGGGAUGCUGCUGCUGUGUUUGCUGCUCGUUGUGCCCCUGCUGCUUGCGUGGAUGGUCCAGCUGGUGAGGGACGCAGCUUGGGAGCUUCUAGAUGGAGGAGGCGGCGGGUGAGGAGGCAGAGAGUGGCGGUGGCAGGGGAGAGUGCCGGCUUGUUGCAAGGAGAAAGGGGGAGGGUUGGGGGGAUUGGUGAGGAUGCGUGGGUUGCGGAGUUGGGUAGUGGCAGCAGCGGUAAGGGGCACGGAACAGCAGAGGGGGAGGACGGGGGGCGGGAGAGUGAGGGGGCAGGCGGCAUGCUGGUGGGAGCGGCAGAGGGGAGGCAGGUGUGUGGGCGCAAGAGGGCGGGGCGGGAGGUGUUUGUAGGGGAUGGAGGGAGCGACAGCAGCGAAUACCAUGCGGAGGUGGAGGAAGGGGGAGAGGGGGAUGAGGAGGAGGAGGAGGAGGAGGAGGAGGAGGAGGAGGAGGAGGAGGAGGAGGAGGAGGAGGAGGAGGAGGAGGAGGAGGAGGAGGAGAGGGAGGAGGAAGGUGAGGAGGGGGAGAGAGGCACGCCUGGUGCUGGUGCUGGCGGGUGGGAGGCAGGCGGAGGAGGGGCGUGGGGUGCGUGGGGAGGUGAAGGGAUGCUGAUUCUGGAGGAGAAAGGUGGGGCGGCGGAGUGGGCGGGGUGCAGAAUGGCUGUGCGGGGGGGCGGGGAGGUGAGUGAAAGCUCGGAGGAAGGCGGCAGUGCAGCAGGCAGGGGUGUGGGACAGAUGGCAGCGGGGGCAGCGCGGGGCACAUGGCGGGGGAAGGAGGGCAGGCAGUGCCCAUCACCGUGUGCCUUAGUGCCCACCACCGUGUGCCUUAGUGCACAUCUUGGAAUGCUAACAUCCUCCCCUCUCCCCCCUCCCACUCGGCAUCACCAUGUGCAGCUUCGAAAGAGGCGGCGGUGCAGUGUGCAGGCAGUGCAAGGCAGGGUGGGAGUGGCAGUGGUGGGCGGCCACAGCAGCGAUGCGGCAGCAAUGCCAUGCGAAAGCAGCGACCCGGCAGCACCAGCCCCAUGCGACACCUCAUGUGCCUCCGACCCCCUCGCUCCCUCCCUCUCCCUCUCAGCCUCCGCCAGUGCUGCUGUGCUAUCCGACCCCACUGCCCUGCUCUCUGACCAGCCUGUCGUGCCGCCCUCUCCCUCCCUCUCUGACCGCGAUCGUCUCUCCGAUGCCCAUCCUCUAUCCGAGCUGUGUAGGAGCUCCGAUGCCGGCAGGAACUCCCCUGUACCGCACAUAGCCUCGCCUAUUGCUGCUCCUGCUGCCGCUGCUGGUGGUGGUGGUGGUGCGUUGAAGGGCGGGAGCAGUGGGAGCAGCGGGCGACAGGCGGGUGGCGGGAAGCACGUGAGCCGAGCGAGUGGCGAGCUGUACUACGGCCACUCGCGCCCUGCCGGCUCGUGCCGUCCCACACGGCAGCAGCACGGGGCGCGUGGGGCUGUGAGGCCGGCAAGACAGCAGCGGGUGGAGGCGGGGCGCAGCAGCAGCCGGCGCUGUGCUGCUGCCAGGGGGUCACACGGGGGCGCGGGCAGGUGUGGUGGGCGCGUCGGGAAAGGUGGGGGUGGAGGGGCGGGUAUGGAUGGGUGGAGGCAGAGGGGGAGUGUGGAGGAGGGGUGGGAGGAGGGCGGGCAGGUGGCGGUGGGUCCUGGGGGAGGGGGGUAUGUGAGCAGCAGCAGCACGGGGCUUGACCUGCCACAAGGGGCACGAGACAGGCGGGGGACAGCAGCGCUCAGCACGCCCAGGAGCAUAGUGGAGGGGGAGGCGCUGGGGAGAGAGUGGGCGAGAGAGGGGGCAUGGGCGAGGGAGGGGCCGUGGGAGCAGGAGCAGGGGCGCGUGGGGGAGGAGAGGCGCAGCGGGCGGGUGGGGAGUGAGGGGCAGAGCGGAGGGGACUCGGGGUAUGGCAGUGACGUGGGGUAUGGUGGGGAUGGGGAGCUGGGGAGUGAUGUGUGGGGGGGAGAGGAGGAUGAAGACGACGAGGAGGAUGAGGAGGAUGAGGAGUCUGGCAUGGUACUUGCAUCUGCAUCAGCAGUGGUGCAUGCUGCUGUGCUGACUGGCACACACAUGCCAUACAGCCUACCACCUGGCCGCCACCUACAGCAGCAGCAGCUCAGCAGUCGUGCUGCUUCCAUCCAGCAGACUUUCACGUUCCACCUAGAGUAG